GUCACAGGAAAUAAGUAGCCAUGGUGCUCAAUAGCUUGGAUAAGAUGGUUCAACUCCAGAAAAACACUGCUAACAUCAGGAAUAUCUGUGUUUUGGCUCAUGUGGACCACGGAAAAACCACUCUGGCUGACUGUCUUAUUUCUAGCAAUGGCAUCAUCUCCAGCCGCCUGGCAGGCAAGUUACGGUACAUGGACAGCAGGGAAGAUGAGCAGGUCCGAGGGAUCACUAUGAAAUCCAGCGCCAUCUCACUGCAUUACACCAAAGGUAACGAGGAGUACCUGAUCAAUCUGAUAGACUCUCCAGGACACGUGGACUUCUCCUCGGAAGUGUCGACAGCCGUUCGCAUUUGCGACGGCUGCAUCAUCGUGGUAGAUGCUGUGGAAGGAGUCUGUCCACAGACACAGGCAGUUCUGCGACAGGCCUGGCUUGAAAACAUCCGUCCAGUUUUAGUGAUUAACAAGAUAGAUCGCUUGAUAGUGGAACUGAAAUUCACCCCCCAGGAGGCCUAUUCUCACCUCAAGAAUAUUUUAGGACAGAUUAAUGCACUCACAGGAACUCUUUUUACUUCUAAAGUCCUAGAAGAAAGAGCCGAGAGAGAGACUGAGUCUCAGGUGCAUCCAAAUUCGGAGCAGGGCGAGCAGGUGUAUGACUGGAGCACUGGCUUGGAGGACACGGACGACUCUCACCUUUACUUCUCUCCAGAGCAGGGCAAUGUGGUGUUCACCAGCGCGAUAGACGGCUGGGGCUUCGGAAUUGAACAGUUUGCCACAAUCUACAGUCAGAAAAUUGGCAUCAAAAAGGAAGUUCUUUUGAAAACCUUGUGGGGAGAUUACUACAUAAAUAUGAAGGCUAAGAAGAUUAUGAAGGUCGAUCAGGCUAAAGGAAAGAAACCUUUGUUUGUACAGUUGAUCCUGGAAAAUAUAUGGAGUUUGUAUGAUGCUGUCUUGAAAAAGGACAAGGAAAAGAUUGAUAAAAUAGUGACCUCUCUGGGAUUAAAGAUUGGAGCGCGGGAGGCCCGACACUCAGACCCGAAAGUUCAGAUCAACGCCAUCUGUAGCCAGUGGCUCCCCAUAUCCCACGCUGUCCUUGCUAUGGUGUGUCAGAAACUGCCGAGUCCCCUGGAUAUCCCUGCGGAGAGGGUGGAGAAGCUGAUGUGCACGGGAUCGCAGACCUUUGACUCUCUUCCCCCAGAAACUCAAGCUCUGAAAGCAGCGUUUAUGAAAUGUGGAGGAGAGGACACUGCUCCGGUCAUCAUCUUCGUUUCCAAAAUGUUCGCGGUUGACGCCAAGGCCCUGCCUCAGAACAAGCCACGGCCUCUCACUCAAGAAGAAAUCGCUCAGAGACGUGAGCGCGCGAGACAGAGGCAUGCAGAGAAGCUCGCGGCGCAGGGGCAGGCAGCCUCGGAGCCUGCCCAGGACGGGGACGACCUUGAAACAAGUCCAAAGGGAGAAGAGCCAAGAGGCGAUGAGCAGCAGGUGGAGAGCACGGCCGCUAAACCUGUGCCCCAAGAAGAACAGCACCAAGAGUCUUUCAUUGCGUUUGCUCGCGUGUUCAGUGGCGUAGCCAGGAGAGGAAAGAAAAUCUUUGUCUUGGGACCCAAAUACAGUCCCACUGAGUUUUUGCAACGGGUGCCACAAGGCUUCUCAGCUCCACUAGACGACCUCCCCCCGGUCCCUCAUAUGGCGUGCUGCACCCUGGAAAACCUGUAUCUUCUGAUGGGAAGGGAACUGGAAGAUCUCGAGGAAGUCCCUCCAGGAAAUGUGCUAGGCAUAGGAGGCCUUCAGGACUUCGUGCUGAAAUCCGCAACACUGUGUAGCCUGCCGUCCUGCCCACCGUUUAUCCCUCUCAGCUUCGAAGCCACCCCUAUUGUGAGAGUCGCCAUUGAACCAAAGCACCCAAGUGAAAUGCCUCAGCUUGUGAAAGGAAUGAAGCUGUUAAACCAAGCCGAUCCCUGUGUCCAGAUUUUAAUUCAGGAAACGGGCGAGCACGUUCUAGUCACAGCAGGGGAAGUCCACCUUCAGCGAUGCCUGGAUGACUUAAAAGAAAGGUUUGCGAAGAUUGCUAUCAGUGUAUCUGAACCCAUCAUUCCAUUCAGAGAAACAAUCACAAAGCCCCCCAAAGUUGACAUGGUCAAUGAGGAGAUAGGCAAGCAGCAGAAAGUUGCGGUCAUACACCAAACAAAAGAAGAUCACAGCAAAAUCCCUGAAGGAAUCCAGGUCGACUCUGAUGGGCUCAUCACCAUAACAACUCCCAAUAAACUUGCCACGCUCAGUGUUCGAGCCAUGCCCCUUCCAGAAGAAGUCACUCAGCUUCUGGAAGAAAACAGUGAUUUGAUUCGUUCCAUGGAGCAGUUGACAUCCUCUCUGAAUGAAGGCAAAAAUACUCAGAUGAUCCACCAGAAAACCCAAGAGAAAAUUUGGGAAUUCAAAGGAAAACUAGAGCAACACCUAACAGGGAGAAAAUGGAGGAACGUCGUUGACCAGAUCUGGUCAUUUGGCCCAAGAAAGUGUGGGCCCAACAUCCUGGUUAAUAAAAGUGAAGACUUUCAGAGCUCAGUGUGGACAGGCCCAGAUGGCAAAGCUUCCAAAGAAGCCGGUAGAAACCGAGAUUUGGGCAAUAGCAUUGUGAGCGGCUUCCAGCUGGCAACCCUGUCUGGCCCGAUGUGCGAGGAGCCUCUCAUGGGGGUCUGUUUUGUUCUGGAAAAAUGGGACCUUAAUAAACUUGAGGACCAAGAAGCAGGUGAUAAACAGAAUCAGGAACAAAGUAAUCCAAUACGAGAGGGUCAAGGAGAAGAUAAAACCUGUUUCAGUAGAGAUGAAAACCAGGAGCUACAAGAUGGCUGCUCUGAGACCUCUGAGAAGAGAACUUCCCAGAAAGAAUCUUCACUCACUGACUGCUACGGACCCUUCUCAGGACAGCUUAUCGCCACCAUGAAGGAAGCGUGUCGCUAUGCACUGCAGGUGAAACCUCAGCGCCUGAUGGCAGCCAUGUACACGUGCGACAUCAUGGCCACCAGUGAUGUACUCGGUCGUGUCUAUGCUGUCUUGUCAAAGAGAGAAGGUCGGGUGCUUCAGGAGGAAAUGAAGGAAGGGACAGACAUGUUCAUUAUCAAGGCUGUGCUGCCUGUCGCCGAGAGCUUCGGGUUUGCUGAUGAAAUCAGGAAGAGGACGAGCGGCCUGGCCAGCCCGCAGCUGGUGUUCAGCCACUGGGAGAUCAUCCCCAGCGACCCCUUCUGGGUGCCCACCACCGAGGAGGAGUACUUGCACUUUGGAGAAAAGGCCGACUCCGAGAACCAGGCCCGGAAGUACAUGAAUGCCGUGCGGAAGCGCAAAGGUCUCUACGUGGAAGAGAAGAUCGUGGAGCACGCGGAAAAGCAGAGGACGCUCAGCAAAAAUAAGUAGCUACUGCUGUCGAUGGAUUUUUCUUCUUUAUAAUGAAUUUUAAAGUAAUCACGGGUUUAAUUGGGGGAAAUUUUCUUUGUGAUGCACUGUCUCUGUACACUCACUGUCAAUAAAGUUGGUCCAUACCACAUUUUAAA